AUGGAGUUCGACGAAGCCUUGCCAAAAGGCACUAAAAGACGAUAUUCGCCAGAGCCUGAGACCGAAGCCUCCGAGGACGCCAAAAAGGCAAAUCAAGGGCACCAUACUAGAAAGAGAGAGAGUUCCACAGUGGUGGUGCGAAACUUACCCAUUAACUAUAAUUAUUACAAAGUUCGUAAGCUUUUUCAGAAUUGCGGCAACAUUGAGCAUAUCGACGUACAUAAAACUGCGCUGGAGGACUCAAGAAUAGCUAGAAUUGAGUUCCAGGAUUAUAACGAUGUUCUCACAGCUCUGACAAAAUCCCACAAAAAGGUGGGUCAAAACGAAAUAACGGUCGAAAUUCUGCAAAAUUCCACUCUAUGGGUCACAAAUUUCCCCCCUGACUAUAAUGCCUAUGCUUUGCGCCAACUGUUUGGUAAACACGACGGAAACGUCUUGAGCGUUCGUCUCCCGUCUCUCAGAUUUGACUCUCGCAGGCGAUUCGCGUAUGUCGACAUGGCAUCUGCUGAUGAGGCUUCUAGGCUAGUUGAAUCACUCAACAAGUCACUUGUAGACACUUACAAGCUUGUUGUAAAGCUAUCAGAACCUUCAGAAGCGACAAAGAGAACAGACUCCGCCCUUCUUGAAAAACGGCAAGUACUGGUGAAGAAUCUCGAUCAAUACAAAGUCUCGAGGGAAAUGCUUUCGGAAAUGUUCAAACAGUUCGGCACUAUAGAGAAAAUAGCAAUCCCAACGGACCACGACAAAUCAUCGGAUAGCACAAUAGAGAAGCUAAAUAGCGGUUUCGCUUUCAUCGAUUAUUCCGAUGCCAGCUCCGCCCUAUCGUGUCUCAUAUUAAACAAGGUAGAACUCGAAGGGAGCCCCCUCGAAGUGACAAUUGCGGACAAGAAAGCCUACCUUGAAAGACAAGCUGUAAAGCGUCUUCUAGCCAGUAAAAAAAGGCGAGAUAAUAUUAUAAGCAUAUACCCACUUGACGAUAAGACUUCAACAGCUCAAGUGAAAAACCUGAUUGUUGAACAAGCCGGAAUAGCAGCAAGCGAUAUCAUAACGAUAUACUUGGUCUACGAUCAUGAAGGAGCGCUGGUCGCUGCUAAGGAUGCUCCUACAGCUGCUAGAAUGUCACUUGCGCUCAAUGGCUAUGAAUUGAACAGGAAAACAAUUUGGUGUGGUACCAUCAAAGACCUUCGAAAUCGUACCCCUGGUCAAAUUGCUACGAGAAAUCGAGUAAGAAAAUCUCUUAAUAAUGAAGCAACACCAGCGAACAAGCUGCAGCCUUCGAACCCCGGCACAAAAAUGACGAAUGACGACUUUCGAAGUAUGUUCCUGGGCAAAUAA